GAUAAGACAUUUUCGCAAAAUCUGUUUUGUUAAUUUUCUACCAAAUAAACUCCACAAAAUCUCCUUCCUCAGUAAUAAUUGUUAUAUUUAAAAGAUGGGUUGUGAUGGAGGGACAAUCCCUACUCGAGAUGAACUGGUCAGAUUAAAGAAGAAACCAGAACAGAAAGACAAGUUUGCUGACCUCGCCCACAAAUGGCAGAACUGUGCAAUUUCCCAGGAGCCACUUCGUCGACCAAUUGUUGCCUGUGAGUUAGGGAGGUUGUACAACAAAGAUGUUGUGAUUGAACUCCUUUUGGACAAGUCUAAGUUUGAUUGUGCUGCCAGUUUUGAUCACAUCAGAGGACUUAAAGAUGUGAAAGUAUUACAGUUGACCGACAACCCAGCUUACAAAGAUGAGGACCACAAGGCUGGUUAUGCGGAGAAGGCUUUGGUGAAAUACAUCUGCCCAAUCGCUGGCCUGGAGAUGAAUGGAAGGCAUAGGUUUUCGUUCCUGUGGAAGUGUGGCUGUGUUUUCUCUGAAAGGGCUUUGAAAGAAGUGAAGACAGAAACAUGUCAGCAGUGUGGUAUGCCAUGCAGUGAUGAAGAUCCCGCUAUCAUCCUGAAUGGUACAGAAGAAGAAAUGGAAACUCAGAGGACGGCGAUGGAUGAGCGCCGACUCAAAGCUAAAUUACAGAAGAAAGCCAAGAAAGGACAGACAAGAAAAGCUGAAGAAGCUUUAGGAUCUGCAGAUGGCCCAUCCAUAAAGGUCCAGAAGAUGAGUGAUGAACCAUCUACGAGCAAGAAACUUGAUAACGGCUCGAUGAAAUCAGUCGGAACAAAUGGGACCGCAUCCAAGUUAGCCAAGGGAAGCAAGCUUGCCAGCGGAGCAUCAGUAGUCAGGAACAGUGGGAAUUCAAAGUUCAAGACUGUUCAGGAAGAUCCGAGUAAAAGCAAGGCCUACAAGUCUCUGUUCACAUCUCAUGAGAAGGCCAGGAAUCAGACAAAAGCUCACUGGGUCACGUAUAAUCCAUGUUUUUAUUGAGAAGAUCCGGAACUUUUUAUAGACUUUGCAAUAUCAAUCUAGACAGCCAUGUAAUAAUGGCUUCUAAUCUAGUGAAUCAGAAUCUGCAUCUGGUGGCAGGUUUUGAUCAUAAGAUUUCAUAGUCGCUCCAAUCAGAAAAGGGCAAUGAGCUGCAAGCCUGUCUUCUCAAGCUGACUAAUACAUAGCCAACUAUGACUGCCCUCUAAUCUGCUGUGACAAGUGGUCAUCAGUUCCUUCAGCCAAACUUAAAGGAAGCCUGUCACAGAGAUGCAGGCUGGGGCCCUGGCACAAUGAUAACUUGAUAAUAGACAAUGUGAAUCAGUAAAUUUGUACAUCAAGGUACAUGUAGAUAUUGCAGUUUGCAUGUGGAGAAAUGUUGUUUUUUUUCUCUCAGAAAAUGUUUCACUCCAGAUGGGAGGAAGAUAAUACAAGAGGAGCAAGCCCCUCCAAGUCUUGCAUUCACCAUCACUUUGAAAAUAUGUCUGCUUUGUUUAGAAACAUUUUAUGCUGUGAAUGUAUUUAUUGUAAAUAUGUGAAAUAAAUAUGAUUUUUUUAAAUGGUGAUA